CAAACAUGAGCAGGUAGAUUGUUUUUGUUUUGGUUGAGACGCGUAAAGCGUAUAAAUAAUCGCUACCAGACUCCAGUUUUCCGAAGUUUUUUUAAAAGAGGAUCUGCCCUCCCCCGAAAAUAUGUCCGAUGAAUAUCAGUAUGCGAGCAAAAGCAAGCUCAAGCUAAAGUGCGACUCAGAAAUCAAGAAGAAAAAGAAAAAAAGCAAGGACAAGGAAAAGCUACGUGAAAAGGUGGCGAAAAGUGUGGAACAGAGCAGCGGGAAAGAUAACGCCAACAGCCAAUCCAACCAGUCACAACCGAGUGCCCCGGGCCGGGUGCUUACGAAAGCCGAAGAAUCGUUCAAGAAGAUGCAGGAGAAAAUGCAAAAGAAACGCAUUAUGGACAAGGCCUCGAUGACCCACAAACAGCGGGUGGAACAGUUUAACCAACAUCUGGACAGCCUAACGGAGCACUUCGACAUCCCGAAAGUAUCUUGGACAAAAUAAGCCCUCAUCCCACGAAUGCUUCUUAUCGAUUCUAUUCUCGAUAUAUGAUUUAGAUUUAGGAUUUUUGGUAACAAUUAAUAUUAAUAUUGAUAUAAUUAUAGAAUUAUAAUGAAGGAAAAAAAACUAAUUUC